UCUUCGGAUUCCUCCUCGAUUCCCUUCUCCCUCCUCGUAGGGUUUCAUCCCAUCCCCAUCACGCCCCCAAAUCGUAGGUGUAGCUUUCCCAUCCCUGCCCCCUCAUGGCCUCCGAAUCCAAGGAUUCCUUACCCCUCCGCCCCACCGAUUCCACUUCCGCUGCCGUUCACCCGUCCACCACCUCCUCAUCCGCUGGCGAUCGGAAGGUCAAGCUCCUCUGCAGCUAUGGCGGCAGGAUCCUCCCCCGCCUCAGCGACGGCGCCCUUCGCUACGCCGGCGGGGAGACCCGAAUCAUCACCGUCUGCCGCGAUUCCACCUUGCCCGAGAUCCUCCGCAGGAUGAGCGAGGCUUUCGCCGGCCCGAUUGUGCUCCGCUACCAGCUCCCUGGGGAAGACCUCGACGCUCUCAUCUCCGUAUCCACCGCUGAGGACCUGGAGAACAUGAUGGAGGAGUGCGACAAGCUCGCAGCCGAGAGCCCCUCGACCAAGCUUCGAGUCUUCCUCUUCUCGCCCUCUGACGUUACUGGCGCCGCCGUCAAUCCUCUUGACCCUUAUCUUGACCUUCAGGACACCGGCGCGAGAUAUCUUGAGGCUGUCAACGGAUUGGACUCGAGCAUCAGGAGAAAGGACAGUGUGACGAGCUUCUCAUCCACGCAGAAUUCAGAUGGAAUGAUGGCCGCCGCCGAAGUCAUCGUCAACGAAGGUACGUCAGCUCACCAUGUGUCCCCCCGAGCUACAUCUGCUCAAGAUGCGUCGGAGUCGGUUUUUGCUGCGCAAGAUGUACAGGAGCUACUGCCGCCCACUAGUUCUACGGACCAAACCCAAUUCUUGAAUUCCACGCAGUCAGAAUCGCCUCCUGUCGUGCCAAAUCAAAGCAGUAUAGCGCAUCCAACUCAAGCUGAAUUGACUUCCGUAAUGCAGUAUGUGCCGCAGCAAUUUGUAGAUCCCCAACAGGCCCAAAUGUUAAAUGCCCAAUCUUAUCUAGUAAUGGGAUCGCCUCGACCAAUCAAUGUUGUUGCUGUGCCACCACAUGGAUAUGUGCCACCAGCCCACAUUAGCACCCCAUCUUCCCAAGUCAGUAACGGGACGUCAGUUCAGACGAGAGUGGAUCCGCAUACAGAAAUCCCUAAUGGUGGGAAGACUGUGAAGCUUCAUGGUGAUGCAAAACUUCAGCCUUUGUCCCAGCUUCCUCCAUUGCCUCCUCCUCACUUGCUCGUACCACAUGCAGAACGGAAUGUGUUGCACCAAGUGCCUUCAGCAUCUCAAAGGCUGUCGAUGAGAUUGGGGGAGUGUAGUUUGUGUCAGAGAGCUCUGCCCCAUGUCCAUUCUGAUACUCUGAUAUAUGAUCAAGAUAAUGGGCUAAAAAAUGCUGCUAUUCCUGAAGUCAAUAUGGCACUACAAAGUCACCACUCCGAGGAUUUGACAAGAAUGCGAGCACCACAAAUAGUAGAUGCAAGAACUCCAGUAGACAGUUGGGUGGAAACCCAAGCGAAGAAUUUGCUAGCUGCUGCUCCAUCUGUGACCUAUGAAUUCACAGAGACUAUCCCUGAGAUGCCACGGGAUGCUGGGAGGCCAGUUCUUAAUGCAGCCAAUCCAGAUCAUGCUAAGGUUUUGGUCCCACCGGUUCCUGUGGGUUUACCGAGCACCUCACAAGCAGCUUGUGGAACCAUAACCAAUCCAGAGAAAUAUUGUCAAGAAGAUUCUUCGCAGAAGCAGCAAGAGGUGCCUCCAAAUUUGAGUCCCAACAUGGAAAAUCUUGACCAUUCUAAUGUUGUACACAUACCAGCUUCAUUGGCCCUUCCACACAACCCUUAUGGAACAUUGUUUCCUCCGCAAUUUCAUGGAGAGAAUGCUUCACAGCAGCAAAUACAAUUUGCACAACAUAUUGGAUACCCUAAGUAUCCAGUUAAUCAGGAUUUUAUCGCCAAACCAUUUGCCGCUGAUGCCAAUUUAGUUGGAAAUUCACAAUUUCGAGAAGAUGGACAAUCGGUCCAAGGAACUGUGCCUGCAAUUUUUUAUGGCUAUAUUAGACCUAUGGAAGGGAUGACGAGAGCAAUCUACACGAAUACUCCUGGGCAACCUGAUUUUAAUGACUGGCCAAGACCAGUUGUCAUGCCUGAUAUUGGCACUUCCAAGGAUUUAAAGCCUGCAGAGAGACCAUUGAUCGAAGUAAAUACUCAUACUACUGGGUCACAAGAUAGAGGGAAUGAAUGGUCUCUUAGCAAUCCCUUAAUUAGUCCUGUAUUUGUUGCAGAAGGAAAUGCUGGAGUGCUGGUUGAUCAACAACCAUCUGCAGUAAAGGAUGUUGCCUAUCUGCAUGGUGUUAAACCUGCCAACACUAGCCAUGUUCCAAAUAUGAUAGGGAACCACGGACCAUACGCAUACCAUCUUGAAACAGGAGUUGGACCAAGAGGGAUGUCCAAGUAUGUAGAUCUCACCGACAACAAUAGUGCCUUCAAUAAGAAUCCCAGCAGUGCACAUAAAGAUGAGGCUCCUAAUACCCAUCCAGCGGAUAUACUUGAUGACACAACUAUCCUUCAAAAUGACAAUGCUCAGUUUUGCACUAUCCACCACACUAUUAGCAUGGACCAAUUGCAGCAAGCUGUUUCCUCAGAUCCACUUAUCAGCAACAAGGAUCCUCAGAAAACCCUGGGGAGUAGUUCUGUGCUGCCUCCAAGACCCAGCAACGUUUCAAGCAAAGAGGCCAAGGCCAUGAAGCCCUUAAAUAAUAAGAAUUAUCCUUUGAAUAGCACAAGGUCUGAGAUAACUGUUCCUCCUGAAGAGGUUUCUUGCUGUCUUCCACACUCUUCAAAUAUGGACUUGCCCACAGAGCCUGCACAUCUAUUAAAAGAUUUAGAAGGUGUCAAUAUUAACCAAGAUAUCCAGACCUUUGAAGAAAGACCAUCAACAUCUGCACUUAAGUCAUCUGAAGUUCCAUCACCUGUUAUUAUUUCUCAUGAAACAAAAAAGACUGAUCCCAGAUCUGGCAAUGAGAAUGGCACCAUAGAGAACAACAUAGUGAUAGAUGAUGACCAGACAGAGGUCACAAAGGCCAAACCGUCGGAGAAGGUAAAGAAUGGUUUUCCAAAUACAGAUGAGAUUGGACACCUUCAGGUGAUAAAAAAUAGUGAUCUGGAAGAGUUGCAAGAACUUGGAGCAGGAGCCUUUGGAACUGUGUAUCAUGGGAAGUGGAGAGGUACAGAUGUUGCAAUUAAAAGAAUCAAUGAUAGGGUUUUUUCUGGGAAGCCAUCAGAGCAAGAACGUGCGAGAGCUGACUUUUGGAAUGAGGCUUGUAAGCUUGCUAGCUUGCACCACCCAAAUGUUGUGGCAUUUUAUGGUAUUGUUCUCGAUGGCCCUGGAGGAUCUGUUGCAACAGUAACUGAAUUUAUGGUCAAUGGUUCCCUUCGGCGUGUUUUACAGAAGAAUGAGAAGGUCCUUGACAGAUAUCGAAGCCUUAUUAUUGCGAUGGAUGUGGCAUUUGGAAUGGAAUACCUGCACAGUAAAAAUAUUAUACACUUCGACCUGAAAAGUGAUAAUUUGCUUGUCAACUUGAGAGAUCCUCAGCGCCCAAUAUGCAAGGUUGGUGAUCUUGGUCUCUCAAAAGUAAAAUAUGAGACACUAAUGUCUGGCGGCAUGCGAGGAACUUUGCCCUGGAUGGCUCCAGAGCUUCUCGGUGGCAAAGAUAACAAGUAUACUGAGAAGGUCGAUGUAUUUUCUUUUGGGAUUGUUAUGUGGGAGCUCAUUACCGGAGAGGAACCUUAUGGAGACAUGCAUUAUGGGGCCAUCAUAGGUGGGAUCCUGAAUGACACACUGCGGCCGCCUGUGCCUGAAUCUUGUGAUGCUGAAUGGAGAUCAUUGAUGGAGCAAUGCUGGGCCACUGAACCUUCACAGAGGCCGAGCUUUACAGAGAUUGCUAGCAGGUUACGAGCAAUGGCAGCCUCACUUCCUCAAAAAGGGUAAGGCCACAGGAGUAGCCGAAACAAAAUAUGGUUGCUCCUCCCAGCCCGAUGUCAUUCACUGGAUUUUUGCAACCUCCAUGGAGCAUUUGAGCAGCUUAGUUGUUUGAGAUGUGUUGUGCUGAAGAUUGUGUUUGUAUGUUUUGUGAAUAGAACCCUAGUUGUGAAUUUACAAGAUUUGCAUAUCCUAGCCUUUCCUGUUUGUUGAUUCUUUACUUGUAAGUAGCCACAAAUAUAACAAUCUGCAAAUUUCGUUGGCUUAAAAGUUUCAUGGUGUCGUCAGCUCCAAAAUAAGUUGUCUGGAGAUUUUAGAUUAAUUUGUGUAACUUUUA